AUGUGGUUCGCUUUACUGGUUUCCACAGUAUUGCUUUUGGCCCUUUGGCAGCUUUUAAAACAAUUGAAUAAAACCUACUUUAUUCUUUCGUUAUGCAAACGAGUGCGAACAAAGGAUGGCAGUCCGUUGGAGAGCAAAGUGGCCGUAAUUCCUGGAAAAACCCGAUUCGGCAACAAUUUUGAUCUUCUUAACUUGACGCCCGCAACCAUUUUCAAUUUCAUAAGAGAAUCCACUGCCAAAGCAAAGGGCCAGAAUUAUGUGUGGUAUUUCUUACUAGCACCCGAAUAUAAUGUAGUACGUGCCGAAGAAGCUGAGGAAAUAUUUCAAAGCACCAAGAUAUUAACCAAAAAUACAGCUUACGACUUGAUAAGGCCUUUUCUGGGUGACGGACUGCUGAUUAGCACAGACCAUAAAUGGCACACUAGACGGAAAACUUUGACACCUGCCUUUCAUUUCAAUGUUCUGCAGUCUUUUCUCUCUAUUUUUAAAGAAGAGUGCAAGAAGUUUAUAAAAGUUUUAGACAAAAACGCAGGCGCAAAGCUGGAACUUAAUCAGAUUAUUCCACAAUUUACUCUGAAUAAUAUAUGUGAAACCGCUUUGGGAGUGAAACUGGAUGACAUGUCGGAGGGAAACGAUUACCGAAAGGCCAUCCAUGAUUUUGAGGACAUUUUUAAUCAGCGCAUUUGCAACCCACUGAUGUAUUACGACUGGUACUUCUUCCUCUGCGGAGAUUAUCGAAGGCAAACAGAGAAACUGAAAAUAAUACACGACUUCUCAAGUCGCAUUAUUCAAAGGAAAAGGAAGGUAUUUCAGCAAAAACAACUGGGAGAAGUGGAUGAAUUUGGUAAAAAGCAGCGAUAUGCCAUGUUGGAUACUCUUUUGGCAGCCGAAGCAGAAGGUCGGAUUGAUCAUCAAGGAAUCUGUGAUGAGGUCAACACCUUUAUGUUCGGGGGAUACGAUACGACAUCCACCUGUCUGAUCUUCACCCUGCUCAUGUUGGCCCUGCAUGAGGAUGUCCAAAAGCGCUGCUACGAGGAGAUCCAAAACCUUUCGGAGGAUAGUGAUGAGAUCAGUGUGUUCCAGUUCAACGAGCUGGUCUACUUGGAGUGUGUGAUUAAGGAAUCUCUUAGGUUGUUUCCUCCUGCCCCGCAGAUUGGACGAAAGUGCGUGGAGGAAUGUGUGGUGAACGGUUUAGUCCUGCCCAAGGAUGCUCAGAUCAGCAUCCACCUGUACGACAUUAUGAGGGAUCCCCGUCAUUUCCCGAAUCCCAAUCAGUUCCAGCCAGAGCGUUUUCUGCCCGAGAACACCGCCAAUCGUCAUCCAUUCAGUUUUGUGCCUUUUAGUGCCGGUCAAAGAAACUGCAUUGGCCAGAAGUUUGCCAUCCUGGAGAUGAAGGUGCUUUUGGCAGCGGUCAUCAGAAACUUUAAGCUACUGCCCGCCACUCAACUAGAGGAUCUUACUUUCGAGAACGGAAUCGUUCUGCGCACCCAGCAGAAUAUAAAGGUGAAAUUUGAGGCAAGGCUUCAGUAG